AUGGGCAUUUGUGGAUGCUGUGCGUCCAUCCGCUCAGCCUUUUCGGCUGUCGCGUCUGGCGUUGUGGACUUCAAAGGCCAGGAGCGCGUGUAUUCAGUCCUGGUGUACCUGGCGUGGCUGGGCGGUCUCGGCGGCUUCGCAGCGGGUGCCCUCUUUGAAGACUUCAGCAUCACGACGUACGCGAUUUUCCUCUGCAUGGGGCUUGCUGCGGUGCUCUGCAUCCCCUCUUGGCCGGCGUACCACAGACACCCCGUCGAGUGGACGCCGCACGAUCCUGUGCGGCUCGCGGCGCUCUACACGCAGCAGCAAGAACAGAGCGCCAGUCAGCAGAAACCUGCCGGAAGAGGAAAGGGCGCGAAGGCGAAGAAACAGUGA